AUGAGCGCGCUACGCCUUUGCCUUCUCGCUGCCCUCACCGGGCUGUGUCAGGUGCUGGUGCAAUCGGAGGAUGCGUCAUGCGAGGCAGCCAGCAAAGGGAACAGCGCAGCGCUACUCCAAGCAGCUGCCAACCGGACAGAGGUAGAGCAGGUUGUAGAACAGGGAGACGAUAUUCAGGACGAUGAGGACGAGCUCUCCGACUCCCUCCUGGAGCGUUCGCACUCCGGUGGAGCGCACCGAAAUGAGUCGAUGGAUUUGGAGGACUCGGUGGUCGCGAAGGGCUCGCGCCGCCGCCGCAGCCGCCGCCGCACCACCACCACGACCACCACCGUGGAUUGUGGCGAUGCAACGGAGUAUGUGUCCAUCUCCUGGCUGACGUCAGGUGGCAUGUGCUUGGAGGGCGUGAACAGUGGCGGGGCACAAACCAUCGACUCAGCUUCUUGCUCCUCCAUCAACAACGGCCGUGAUCGGUUUUACUUCGAGGAUAACGGGGAUGGCUACUGUACACUGAAGGCAGAUUUCGCCACUCGCCGCCGAAGCGCCAAAGGCAAGACUGUGACUUGUGGCACCAACAACCAGGCGCCGGCUUAUUGCAAGCAACAUGGAUCCCAGAGUUACAACAAGUUGAAGUUGGAAGAUUUGGGGAGCAACAAGUACUCCAUCUGGUGGUACGACAGCAAUGGCAACGAGAAGAUGGCCAAGAGAGAUACCUUUGGGAUGAUGAUUGAGGACUACAACAGUCAGGAUACAGCGGAUUUCAAGGUCUACAAGAAUGCCAUCUUCAGCGGAAACCUGCAGAAUUGCCAGCUGGUACCAGAGGCCUUGGUGGAGUGCUUUGGUAACAUGCUAGUGCGGAGCAAGCGUGCAGGGCACUUCGUGCCUUGGCACAUCUCCUUCCUCAGCAGCAUCGUGUCAGUGGGCUUGCAAGGCGUCUCGCGCAACCAAGUUCUAGUGAUGGAGUGCUUGCAGAAGAACAAGGGCAAGAGCUUGAUGAACUGCGGCUUGAGCCUCGACCGGCUUUUGCUCCUGAUCCAUGACUUCGACAGCACGGUGAUGUUGCGCCGGCCCUCCCCCGACAGCUGGCGACCUGAGGAUGCUGAGUUGGUUUUCUAUGCCAGCUGCCUUGAUUUGCUCGUCGGACUGGCGAUUGGUCGGAGCAACAUCGUCAAUAAGCCCUUCGUGGCUGACAUUUUCUCGAAGAUACACUGCUUGGCCUUGCUGAGCAAGGUGCCCUUUGCGGAGGAUCAGAGUUCCCCAGCGGGCGUG